CCCUUUCCCCACCCCCCCUACCCCGCAGCACAGUUAUCUUUAACCUCUUCUUCUCCGCCGGCGCCUCCAGAUCUCUCUUUCCCUCUCUCAAAAUCCUAAGGUAUUCGAUCUGAAUUCCCAGAUUAAUCGUGUCAAGCUUUCGAUUCAACAUCUGCCUCUUUUAGAAUCUGUGUAUGCGGACUACUAAUUUGAUAGAUUCUUGUGGUUUCUUUUUAUGUGUGCCAGUGGAGUGUUUCUAUUCUUAUCACGUUCGCUAGAUUAGGUUUAUAAGAUUUUGUAACGAAUCACUUGCGUCUGUACUACGGAGUUUUAGGGUUCAUUUGCCGAAACAGUAAAGAUGGUUGCUUUUUUUUCUCCUAAUCCUAAGAAAUUCCACUCUUUUCUUCGUUGAUUAUGCUGUUAGAUUUUUUUUUUCUUUUAUGGAAACACUAAAGAUGGUUACUUUAUAUCGAUAUUGUUUUUAAUUCCAGGAAAUUUUCAUUUGUUUUGGUGCUUAUGGGGUUAUGGGAGUUUUUGCCUGACAGUCAUUCCUGAGAUCCAGUUGAUCAGUUUGGGGUUAAUCUCCAAGUGAUCGAUUAUUGGCUCUUUUUUCCUAGGGCUUGUGCUUAGUUGGACAUAUUCUGAUGAACAAGAGCCAGAUUUGUUGAUAAUUGGCCCAUUUGUGUUAUUAUCAUUUAAAUUUUACCACAUUGUUUUCUUGGGUUAAUUGCCAGGUCUCUUGGAAAUAGCAUCCCUCCCCAGACUGUACUUUUUGUGUGAUCUUAGUCAUCUUACUGAGUUUGUAUUGUUGUUGUAAAUGUUUUACUUGUUCUUCUAUCUUUAGCUUUUACUCCCUCCGUCCGGAAAUGUUCUUCCCGUGUUGACUUGGCACGCUUAUUAAGGAAUAGUAAAAAAAAUACAAAAUUUUCAAAAAUGCACAUACUAUAAACUUUUAAAUCUCCUUUUAUUAUUAAAAAAGUAUUAAAAAAGUAGAUUUGUGAUAAAAUAGAAGGGUAUUAUUGAUAUUUAGCCUUAAAAAGCAUACUAAAAAAGGAAAUGGGAAGAUUAUUUCCGGACGGACCAAAAAGGAAAAUGGGAAGAAUAUUUCCGGACGGAGGGAGUACUAUGUAACUGUUUUCUACAUUCAUGGAUUACAUAAUAUUUGAGCUCUACUGUAAUGAAUAUCACUGACACAUCUUUUUUUGGAUAGGGAGUUCAGAUUUAAGGGGAAUUGUUUACUGAAAUUUCGCCUUUGACAAGGAAAGUUUGACUUGUAUAGCGUCUAUAUAACUGUUAAAAGUAUUUUUGCUGUCAUUUGCAUUUCAAUGGAUGCCAAGAGAUUCAUUCAAUUGGUCGAGGAGAAGAAGAAGAGGGCUUUGGAGAAGAAUGAAGCUCGGCUGAAAUGGGAGGAGAAGCUUGAGGCUGCAGCAAUGGCGCGCGCAGAUGCCAAAGCCAAGGAGAAGAAGGCAAGAUCAGCAGCUGCCAAAACCAAGAGAAGAUCCGUUUCAGAAUCUGACAGCGGAGGCGAUUCUUCUGGUGAGGAAGGGAGAAAGAUCAUCAAGAAGUCCCACUCCCACAAGAGGCAUAAAAAGCAUCAUCACAAGAGCCGCAGACGGUCCCACUCUGGUAGCGAGGAAUAUGAGAGUGAUGGAUCAGAGGAGAGAGACCGGAGGAAGAAGCUGGCCCACAAGGAAUAUGGCAGUGAUGACUUGGAGGAGAGAGACCGGAGGAAGAGGCGGGCCCACAAGAAGCACAGACAUCAUCGUGAUAGACAAGGCUCAGACUUGAGCUCUGAAGACUCAUCUUCAUCUGAUGAUGAGAGUGAUGAUGCCCAGAAAAGAAGACACCACAAGAACCACAGGCAUCAAAGGAGAUCCCACUCUGGGAGCUCCUCAGAAUCAUCUUCAAGCAAUGAAAGUGAUGAAGCUAACAUGAAGCGCAAGAGGAAUCAUCGCCAUCGCCGUCACAACCACCACCACCACCACCACCACAAGCGGCACACAGAGGAGGUUGGUGGCGCAUCAGAUAAUUGACCGUUCUGCGUUUAAUGAUUGCACUUGAUUUAUUCAAUGAAACCUCUAUUGACAUGUACUAUAAACUACAACUAUGGUUUCUCUCUGCAUUGCCUUUGAUUGGUCACUUGGAAUCCAAAGCUUGUUCUUAGGACUGCAUUGAAUUGAAUUGUUCCCCGGCCUAUUGUUGGUUUCCUAUUCGGCUUCUAAACCUUA